UUCCUCGCCUAUUAAAAAUAGCGUUCUACAAUAGCUCAAACACUAUUUUUAGUGCGUAUCAGUAGAAAUCUGUGUCCACACAACCUUAUCUCUUCCUACCUCGUUAUAAAUCUUAACUCAUUAUUACAAUGAGCUGGAAAAAGUCAGUCAUGUUAUAGGACCGGACGGCGCAACGCACAAAAACGUAGCUAUAAGUACGACGGCAAAUCGAUACGGUUUCGGAGACAGUGCACGUUGGUUUUUCGCGAGGAUUACUGCCCGUUUAGUUGUCACUAGUUAUUUUUUAGUGUAGUAAACAAGGGAACAUGUUAUAAGUUAAAGUUGUUAUUAAACUGUUAAAUAAUGGAGGUGAAACGUUAUAUACGGAACGAUUCCGCGAGCUGCGCUCACAUGGUCGAGGAAAGCACCGCGAACAAUAGAAAGAUCUCUGAUCCACAUGAGAAGCUGAAAGCACUCCUGAACUCACCGGAAGAAGACACGGAUGACACCCUGCCACCUUCAGACGCUCCUAAAUUCGGGACAGUCAUUCACAAUAGAAUUUUCGUCGGAGGAUUCUCUCUGACAACUACGGAUGAAGACUUGUGGAAGUUUUUCUCAGGGUUUGCAAAUGUCACAGCUGCCAGAGUGAUCUACGAUAGAGCCGGCGUCUCCAAGUGCUAUGGAUUCGUCACUUUCGCCAGCCCCCGAGUCGCCAGACUGAUAGUAAAGCAGAGUGGCGGAGUGAUGUUUUCGCCUCUGGGCCGUCUGCGAGUUGCACAAGCAGUAAGAAAGCAGAUCAGCCAAAUACCUGUGCUGGCCUCGGAGGCAGCGCCCCUUCAGGCCCCGCUAUGCUACCAGCUGAUCUGCCCGCCCCUCGCGCCCCAACUCACGUGCGCACCCUGCGAGAUACCACCGCCACCUUACGCUGUCUACCCUCUACCGUUUGACACAACACCAACAAUAUACGCACCCCCGACCCAGUAUGCGCUGCUGCCCGCUCCGUACAGCACGGCGUGUUGCGAGCCAUCUUGCUGUGCCCCGCUGGACAAGCAGCCGCGGAUCCCAGCGCCGCCCUUGCACCCAGCUUUCAUUUAUUAGCAUCCAAUCACUCAGUGGUAAAGCUGGUUUACAUUUGUCUAGUUAUGUUACACUUCGAACUUGAGGCUUGCUUACACUGAUCUGUGGUAUUAAUACUGGGCAAGUUGAUGUGAAUUACAGCGUCAACACCAAUUUACUUUAAGCCCGAUUUACAUUGUUUUAGUUAUAUACUGAAACAAUGUACGUAGCUGUCAUGGUAAUUUAAAUUGCACUAUUUGUAAAUGCACAGCAAAGGCCCCUUUAUAUUAUAGAGACUGUUCACAGUGUUAUGUCUCGCUUAUUAUUUUCUUUCAUUUAAAGUAGACCUUAUUAACAAAUAAGCGUUGACAUGUCUCAAGUUUCGAGUUAAUAACUGACUGACUGAUAAAUCCGAAUCACUGCAACUUCGACUAAAAAGUUCGAUUUCAGUUAAUUUAAGGUAUUUACUUUCUAAUUUUAAUUGUUAUUCUAAUAAGUAUCUAUUAAUUUAAGACUU